GCCUUCCGCUGCCCUGGUUACCGUUAGUGUUUGCGAAUUCCCUGCAGCACCUUCUUCGCGGGAGACCAGCGCCGCCGGACUCCGGCAGCAGUUCGAUACGCGCGCGCCUGCGUCACGUGGGCCGAGGUUGCCUCGCGGUCGCUGGCGAGCCGCUGAGCCGGGAGGAGAGGAGCUGCGGGCUACCGCUCACCCUCCCACCGCGCCCAGGGGCUGGCGCCCGGAUGAAAAUGGCGAAGUGGGGGUAGCUGGCGCGGAGCGUGAAGCUAUGGGGCGCGCAGGUGUGGCUGCCGUCCGAGCCCCCUGAGGUGGGCGCCUGGCGGUUCUCCGGAGCAGUUUGACCUGGCGACCUCGGGCUGGCGCCUAAUCGGUCAGAUCACGGGCUCCGCGGGUCUCCGAGGGCCCCGCCGAGAGAAGCGGGCAAUGGAUGAACAGAGUGUGGAGAGCAUUGCUGAGGUGUUCCGAUGCUUCAUUUGCAUGGAGAAACUGCGGGAUGCGCGCUUGUGUCCUCAUUGCUCCAAGCUCUGUUGUUUCAGCUGUAUUAGGCGCUGGCUGACAGAGCAAAGAGCCCAGUGUCCUCAUUGCCGUGCUCCACUCCAGUUACGAGAACUAGUAAACUGUCGUUGGGCGGAAGAAGUAACACAGCAACUUGAUACUCUUCAACUCUGCAGUCUCACCAAACAUGAAGAAAAUGAAAAGGACAAGUGUGAAAAUCACCAUGAAAAACUUAGUGUAUUUUGCUGGACUUGUAAGAAGUGUAUCUGCCACCAGUGUGCACUUUGGGGAGGAAUGCAUAGCGGACAUACCUUUAAACCUUUGGCGGAAAUUUAUGAGCAGCAUGUUACUAAAGUGAACGAAGAAGUAGCCAAACUUCGUCGACGUCUCAUGGAACUGAUCAGCUUAGUUCAAGAAGUGGAAAGAAAUGUAGAAGCUGUUAGAAAUGCAAAAGAUGAGCGUGUUCGGGAAAUUAGAAAUGCAGUGGAGAUGAUGAUUGCACGAUUAGACACACAGCUGAAGAAUAAGCUAAUAACACUGAUGGGUCAGAAGACAUCUCUGACACAAGAAACAGAACUGUUGGAAUCCUUAGUUCAGGAAGUAGAGCAUCAGUUGCGGUCUUGUAGUAAGAGUGAGUUGAUAUCUAAGAGCUCAGAGAUCCUCAUGAUGUUUCAGCAAGUUCAUCGAAAGCCUAUGGCAUCCUUUGUUACCACUCCUGUUCCACCAGACUUUACCAGUGAAUUGGUACCAUCUUAUGAUUCAGCUACUUUUGUUUUAGAGAAUUUCAGUACUUUGCGCCAGAGAGCAGAUCCUGUUUAUAGUCCGCCUCUUCAAGUUUCAGGACUUUGUUGGAGGUUAAAAGUUUACCCAGAUGGAAAUGGAGUUGUUCGUGGUUACUACUUAUCUGUGUUUCUGGAACUUUCAGCUGGCUUGCCAGAAACUUCCAAAUAUGAAUAUCGCGUAGAGAUGGUUCAUCAAUCCUGCAAUGAUCCUACCAAAAAUAUCAUUCGAGAAUUUGCAUCUGACUUUGAAGUUGGAGAAUGCUGGGGUUAUAAUAGAUUUUUCCGUUUGGACUUACUUGCAAAUGAAGGAUACUUGAAUCGACAGAAUGAUACAGUGAUUUUAAGGUUUCAGGUUCGUUCACCAACUUUCUUUCAAAAAUGCCGGGACCAGCAUUGGUAUAUCACUCAAUUGGAAGCUGCACAAACUAGCUAUAUCCAACAGAUAAAUAACCUUAAAGAGAGACUUACUAUUGAGUUGUCUCGAACUCAGAAAUCAAGAGAUUUGUCCCCACCAGAUAAUCAUCUUAGCCCCCAAAAUGAUGACACUCCUGGGACGCGAGCUAAGAAGUCGGGAUCAUGCGCUGACGUGCUUCUCCAGGAUGGUCCUACGACAGCUUCUGUACGAGAGGUGAAGGAGGAUGAAGAAGAUGAGGAGAAGAUUCAGAAUGAAGAUUAUCAUCAUGAGCUUUCCGAUGGAGACCUGGAUCUGGAUCUCGUUGGGGAAGAUGAAGCGAAUCAGCUCGAUGGCAGCAGCUCUUCUGCCAGUUCCACAGCCACAAGCAAUACCGAAGAGAAUGACAUUGACGAGGAGACGAUGUCUGGAGAGAAUGAUGUGGAAUACAACAACAUGGAAUUGGAAGAGGGAGAACUCAUGGAAGAUGCAGCUGCAGCAGGACCUCCAGGUGGUAACCAUGGCUAUGUGGGUGCCAGUAGCAGAAUGUCAAGAAGAGCACACUUGUGCUCUGCUGCUACCAGUAGUUUAUUAGACAUCGAUCCUUUAAUUUUAAUACAUCUCUUGGACCUUAAGGACCGGAGCAGUAUGGAAAAUUUGUGGGGCUUACAGCCUCGGCCCCCUGCUUCACUUCAGCCCACAGCAUCAUAUUCUCGAAAAGAUAAAGACCAAAGGAAGCAGCAGGCAAUGUGGCGGGUUCCCUCUGAUUUAAAGAUGCUAAAAAGACUCAAAACUCAAAUGGCUGAAGUUCGAUGUAAAACUGAUAUAAAGAACACACUUUCAGAAAUAAAAAGCAACAGUGCUGCUUCUGGAGACAUGGCUGCAAGCCUCCUUUCUGCUGACCAGGCAGCUCUGGCCGCAUGUGGCACCGAAAACUCCAGCAGGUUACAGGAAUUGGGAAUGGAGCUCUUGGCAAAGUCAUCAGUUGCCAGUUGUUACAUACGAAACUCCACAAAUAAGAAGAGUCAUUCACCCAAGCCUGCUCGGUCCAGUAUAGCAGGUAGUCUGUCUCUUCGAAGAGCAAUAGACUCGGGGGAAAAUAGCCGUUCAAAGGGGGACUGUCAGACUCUAGCUGAAGUCUCCCCAGGAAGCUCUCAGUCAGGGAGCAGGCACAGUUCUCCCCGAGCCUUGACCCAUGUCAGUAUCAGUGACAUUCUGCCAAAAUCUGAAGAUCGGCAGUGUCAAGCUUUGGAUUCAGAUGCUGUCGUGGUUGCAGUUUUCAAUGGCGUACCUGUUGUUGAAAAAAGAAGAAAAAUGGUCACCUUGGGGACUAAUGCUACAGGAAGUCGUCUGGAAGGAAUGCAAAUGACUGAUUUGGAAAAUAACUCGGAAACUGGGGAGCUACAGCCUGUUCUACCUGAAGGAGCUUCUGCUGCCCCAGAGGACGGAAUGAGCAGCGACAGCGACAUCGAGUGUGACACCGAGAGCGAGGAGCGGGAGGAGCGCGCCAGCACGGGCGGCUUCAGCGACGCUUUCAUGGCGCAGCCCCCGGACGGAGAUACACAUUCCAGUUUUCCUGAUGGUGAACAAAUAGGCCCUGAAGAUCUCAGUUUCAGUACUGAUGAAAACAGCGGAAGGUAAUUUUCAAAUCAAGAGAACUGACUUGUAAGCCUCCUUGACCCCGAAAUUGGCUGUCGUUGGUGCUCAAAUUUGUCAAUGGUCAGAUAAUCAGAUUUUUUCACCAUCUCUACUUGAAAUAGUAAUUGAGACUUUAGAAAGUAGCACAGUCCUAGUAUAAAACAUUAGUACAAAGGAAAAAAUUAAAUGUGGGAAGAAUUCUGUGUAAUGUAAUGAAAUAACAGUAUAGCCUCAAUUAACUUAGUAAAUUAGCGUAUUCCUAAGAGGCAGUUUGUCUGCUGCCACAGAAGGGCAGUAACUGCCAGGAAACGCACCCAGAGGCAGCGCAUGCACGUAGUGAGCUGCUCCGCGCCGGCGCUCUCCUGUCCUGGCUAGAUCCUCAGUUCUGUUGAGAUGACCGCCUUUAUAGUUUGGGUUUUAAUUACAGUUUCUAGUUUCAUUAAUGCCUAUAGAUUAGUGAGCAGAAAUAUCACUUCUGUGUAGAUUCUGCCCUGAAGACACUUUAUGUGAAUAACUGAAGCAACACUAGACUGAACGUCCUCUUUGGAACGUGUCAGCUGCCUGAGGUUCCUUUUCUGUUCUUAUUUGCUCAGGUGCAGGCAGGCACGCUGAUGGCACAUACGCUUUCUUUCGUGUGACUUUUACAAAUGCAGUUUUAAAUGAAUUAAGUUAAUGUGGAUUGGUUAUGUUCUUGGUCAUAUAAACACAUAUAAGAACAUUUUAAAUUAUUUCACUUUUUUCCUGCUUCUUACCAAACAACUACAGAGCAACAGGUAUUUUAAAACCCUGUUUUUUCCUUUGUUUUCAUUAGCUGGACAUUGAUUUCAGUGUCAAUACAUUUAAAGAUUCCUACGUAUUAUACAUGAAAGUGUGCUCUCACAUUCACUUUUAUACUCAGAAUUAGUCCAAAAUUAUUGCCAAACUUCACCAUCGUGCUCCUGCAUUUGUUUUUGAGCUGCUAUACCAUUUGUGAAAAGUACACUGAAAGCUGACUAAGAGACUAUUGUAAAAGCAUGAGUAUGUAUACAUUUGAGAGGCAUUUCAUCUGCGUAUUUUUUACUUAAUGAAUAUUGUUCCCUUUUCCAUGUCUAGUGGCUUGCCGAAUGCUGUGAUUCAUGGUUUGCUUUUGUUCAAAACAGUUUGCACUUUUUGUUAAUAAAAUGAACUUGAGAAAA